UACAGGGUUAGCCUCUGGCAGUUUUUAAAAAGGCAAGCCCUGUCUGCAAAAUCCGUGGGGAAGGGAAGGCUACAGAGAUUGAUUAUUGUGCAGAGAGACAACGAUCAUCUCUUAUUUUGUUUUCUCUUUUUUAUUUAUUAAUUUGGAAAAGAUUUCCUUGCCUGCGUAAAAUAGCCCAGUCGAAAAAGGCUCGCAAUUUUGCGGUGGGCACACUCAACUCGAAUAUACUUGGACUUUUAGCACAAUAAAAGACAACACAGACACUCCGCCCAUAUGAAGAGUGGGACCUAAGCAUCCAAUACAGUGAUAAAGGGACUUACGCACGCAGGCACCUGUGGAUGGUGACUCUUUCAGGGAAUUUUGCACACAAAAAACUGAUGAUUAGAGGCAAAGCAGGCGUUACAUUCUAUCCAAACAGUUCAUGAUAGUAGUUAUAUUUCUUAUAAUCAUUUGAAUCUGAAACAAUAUGCUGGUUACUUUUUCCAUCCUGGCGACCCUUCUCUUAAGUGGGUCGGGUUGUUUCGGUUCGUUUGUACCGUGUGAACCGUGUGACCAAAAGGCACUGUCGAUGUGUCCGCCGGUACCGCUGGGAUGUCAGCUGGUGAAAGAGCCGGGCUGUGGUUGCUGCCUGACGUGCGCGCUCACUGAGGGACAGUCGUGCGGAGUGUACACCGGGACUUGCACGCACGGGCUUCGGUGCCUGCCGAAGAGCGGGGAGGAAAAACCGCUACAUGCGCUCCUCCAUGGGAGAGGAAUCUGCAGCAAUGAGAAGAUGUACAAGCCGCCGCAUCCAGCCAGGGACCGGGAUUCUCCAGAUGAUGCCAUGUUACUGGAGGUUCCGCCGUCCGUGCUUCACCAGGGCAAGGUGCCUCUGUACGUGGGCUGGGACCACAUUAAGAGCCGCAAGGACCAGGCCGUGAGAAUCGCCAAAGAACGCAAAGAUCAGCAGGCUAAGCACCGAAUCAACGGAAAUGCCUACUCAAGCUUCACCCUGGACCAUCUGCAGCCAGAGUUUGGGCCCUGCAGGAGAAAGCUGGAUGGCGUCAUUCAGAAGAUGAAAACCACAUCUAGAGUCAUGGUUCCCUCACUGUACCUCCCCAACUGUGACAAGAAAGGAUUCUUCAAACGCAAACAGUGUAAGCCAUCGCUCGGGCGGAAGCGGGGAAUCUGUUGGUGUGUAGAUCGCUUCGGGGUGCAGCUCCCUGGCACCGACUACAGUGGAGGCGACAUCCAGUGCAAAGACCUGGAAAGCAACAGCAAUAACAACGAAUGAGAGACAGCCAAUGUGGUCACCUGACCUUAAACGCUCCUCCUUCCCAUCAAGUGUACAUGCAAAAUAUGCAAAAGCCAAUCAAAUCGAGAAAUAAGGGCACCGCAGAUACAUAUUUAUGAUUUUGUGUACUGGACUGGUUUUUAAACUACACAUCAACCAAAGUCGACCAUCAGCUUCUCUGCAUAUAUGUUCUUUUGAUAUAUAUUCGGUUGAUAAUAGAUGAAUAAUACAAUCUAUAUUUGACAAACAGAAGCAAUAGUCCAAGCUCCAAUCUAUAAUCUUUUUUAACAAAGUUUUAAGGCUUUAAGAAAAGAGUAAUGCUCCUCAUUUUUGUAAUCAUUAUUGUUAGUAUCCUGAUGUUGAUGUGAAAAGAGUGAUCUGGGAUCUAUUUUAUGUUUUAGAGAACAUUGUUUUCUCAUCCAAAUGUUUGUUCUUUCAGAGCACUUAUGCAAGAGAACCUUAGUGACUUCAAGUACUGUACUGGAGGAGUUUGGGCCCUUUUUGUCCUUAUAAAGCAUUCUGAGUGCAAUUUCUUCUAAUUUUUUUUGUCUGGCCAUUGUCCCACAGAUUGUGCUGAAUUGUACCAGGGACUUGAGGAAUGCUAACAACCCACAUGCAAUGGCUUGGUAAAGUGUAGCUAAAGUAGCAAUAUUAGCAGAUAAACUGCUCCUUCUGAUACGUCUUGACUUAUUUUAAAACAGAACCUUUUUCACAUUAUUUUUGUGUGAACGAGCGAGUGUAUGUGUGUACGUGUUUCUUCACCUUUAUAAUUUCUUCCUUUGUAGUGUGGUGUCUCGUAUGUAUUGCCUUCACUGAAGUAUAAACAAUUCCCUAUUGUCAACUCAGCACACUACAGAGAAAAUACAUAGUCCACCACAGACUCAAAUUGCAUGCAAAUGUUGCAUGCUGUUUCCAUUGACUUCCGUAGCCUCCCGUGUGAGUCUAGUCACAACACAGGCAAAUCUUUAUCCGUCCCUGUUGACAGUCUUCUGCCUGGGUCUCUACAACCUCUGGAAAGGAGUGGGUCUUUGGGUUUCUAUGUAAAUCUCAGUGCCUUUUCUCAUUCGUUACUUUGAAUCCAGAUUUACAUACAGAGUACCAGACCCAGUUGUUGAGGUGGGAUAUUCUAGCCGAAUCUGGAUUUGAAGAUAGUUUUUUGCUCGAACUUCAUGAGUAUCAAAAGUGUAAGAUAGGAUUGUGAUAACACCCACUGCUUUUUCAUUUGUAUUCAGUUUGAUGUCAAAUCAUUAUAUUGAAGCGUCACCUUUUUUCCUUGUAUUUCAUUCACAUUCCUUGACAUAGAUACCCCUGUUUUCAGGGUACGCUAACAUGUUAGUUUUUGACUAUGGCUGCAACUACUGCCUACGCCUCCUACAAGAAUCUUUUGAGAAGCCUUUUCAACUCAGUCUUAACCUUGCCUGUAUAAAAGACCAUGAAAUCUCAAACAUUCCAUACUCUUGAUGAAAAAGCUUUGGAAACAAAUGGGUAACACUUCACUCAAAUCCAACCGGUAUAAUGCUUCUAUUCUGCUUUUUGUUUAACAGACUGGAAAUAUUUGUUCAGCCGGUGUUCAAGACAUUAUAGAAGGGUCGUAUGUCCUACUGACAAGUCUUAUGAUGCAAUAAAUUCACAUGCUUUAAACGUUAAUAUUUUGGCUGCCACUCUCAUCCAGAGUGACAUGCAGGAGCAAUCAGGCUUAAGUGCCUUGCUCAGGGACCCAUUAACACAUUUUUCACCCUGUCAGCUCGGGGAUUCAAACCAGUGACUUGUCAGUUACUUCCCCAAUGCUCUAACCUCGGAACGGCAUUAUGCUUGUUGGCUUUAAGUGAUGGGUUACGAACAAAUCUAUGUGAAAAUCGAAAAUAUGUAAUAUUUAUUCAGCCUGUAAUUUAUGUACUCUUUCACCUUGUCUUUAUUGCAACAAAAAAGCAUUUAUUUAAAUAAAGUUAUGUAUUCAUGUA